AUGAUAGAGAUAUAAGAAGAAGAAGAAGAAGAAAAAAAGUAAGAAGAAGAAGAAAGAAAAAGAAAAUAAGAAGAAGAUGAAAGAAGAAGAAAAUAAGAAGAAGAAGAAGAAGAAGAAAGAAAAAGAUAAGAAGAAGAAAGAAAAAGAUAAUAAUAAUAAGAAGAAGAAUUAGAAAGAAGAAGAUAAGAAGAAGAAAAAAAAAGAUAAUAAUAAUAAGAAGAAGAAUUAGAAAGAAGAAAAUAAGAAGAAGAAAGAAGAAGAAAAGAAGAAGAUAGAAAAAGAAAAUAAGAAGAAGAAGAAGAAGAAAGAAAAAGAAAAUAAGAAUAAGAGAGAGAAAAAAGAGAAAAAGAAUAAGAAGAAGAAAGAAGAAGAUAAUAAUAAGAAUAGGAAGAAGAAGAAAAAAGAAGAAAAGAAGAAGAAGAAAGAAGAAGAUAAUAAGAAGAAGAAGAAAGAAAAAGAAAAUAAGAAGAAGAGGAAGAAGAAGAAAGAAAAAGAAAAUAAGAAUAAGAAAGGGAAAAAAGAGAAAAAAAAGAAGAAGAAGAAAGAAGAAGAAAAUAAGAAGAAGAAGAAGAAAGAAGAAGAAAAGAAGAAGAAGAAGAGAAAGAAAAAAAAAACUAAGAAGAAUAAGAAAGAAUAAAAAAUGAAGAAUAAAGAAAAAAAGAAGAGUAAGAAAAAAAAGAAGAAUAAGAAAAAGAAAAUGAAAAAUAAUAGGAAGAAGAAAAUAAAUAACAAUAAUAAUUAGAAAAUUAAAAAAACAUAUAAUAAAAUGAUGGUUAUUUAGAUGAAUUAGAUGAAUUAGAUGAAUAAUUAAAAAGAAUUGAAGAAGAAGAAAAAAAAUAAGAUGAAGAAAAAAAAAAAUAAUAAGAAAAAAAUAAAAAAUAAAAAAUAAGUUCAUAUACAUAAACAGAUUAAAUAUAAUAAUAUAACUAAAACAAUAAUCCUAAAACAGUAAAAGAAAAAAUUGCAGAUGCAUUAUAAGAUAUAAUAUAAUGA